CCUACCUCAUGUUUUUCAAGCUGCACUUCUGCUCAGUGCAGAAGUGCACAGAAGUAUUGCUUAAGCUUAAACCAUCAGAUGUGAUAUGUGUCAUAUUGUAAUCUCUUUAGCUUGAGAGCACUAUGUCCCCUGCACCUAUUGCUGCUUCUAUGCAGCAGGACCCACAGCUUCAGACUCUCGCGAGAGCCUUCGAAGCUCUUUUGCUAACAACUCAACAACUCAUCUGCAAAGAGAAAUGCCUGCAGCAGAGGCUGGAAUACGCCCAUGAUGAGCCACUCCAGUAUGUGAAACUCGCAGAUCGACUUUCUAACGGUCUUGACACUCAUACAAAAGUCAUCUCGGAGAAAAUCCGCGGUCGCUAUUCUGAGUUCGGGAACCAUGAACCCUUACCCCUCAACCCUCCAGAAGUUGUAAGAGCACUGUCAGAGUUUGUGAAUGUAGACGAUCAGACUCUGAAACCUAUAGCGGAGGGGGUUGUGUGCUACAAAUCCAUCCUGAACUCGAAGUGUGAUCCCGAACUCAACCCAUGUCUUGUUGCCACUAGGGCUGGAGCUCCUAGCUCUUUAGAGAAAGACUUCACGACCAAGGGCACUCAAGGCAGUCUACAUUGUCCUUUCACAAAAUCUAAAAACAAGACAUCCGAGAAUGGGAUAGCCAAUGGGAUUGAGAAUACUUCCAAGUUCCAGAACGGUGACACGUGUGCACAUUUAGACCCCAUAAAGGCUGAGCAGGGUGAUAAACGUUCUAGCCAGGCUCCCUCUGUGAGGACAUCGACCACUCAAUGUCCUGUUGCCCGGUGUCCUAUUAGAUAUCUAGACCAACAUAGUCCUGAAGAAAUUGCCGACUAUGUGGAGAGGCACAAACAUGAGAUACCCCGAAGUCAUGCUAUUUGUGUUCAGCGGUACCAGAAGGAUUCUCACAGCAUGCGACAUCUAGAUGCGAAAUAUGGUAGUCUUAUUAAUAUGAUUCGAGGGUUAUCCGUCAAACAUCAGGCGUUCCUCCCAAACCGUGGUAAUAGCGGCGUGCCAACUUACAGUUCCUCGGCUGAUCGGGUGGAACAGUGGGCAGAAGAGGUUGGUAUAAAAUCCGGGAUGCAGUCCUCUAGUAAAGAGGACGAGGCAGAGAACGAGGAUGAGAGGAAGGGUCACUUCGACCGUCCGCUACGCGAGGUUCGCGUUGGUGAGUCCCCAAGCAGGCCUUGGGGAAUCCCAGUUCCGGUACCCUUGCCUUCUGCAACGCCUCCAGCUGUAGCUGCGAAAUCGAAAAUGCCGCUGGGAGACGAUGUCGUUGAGGUCUCUUCCAUCCCGCUCCGUGACUCUACCCAACCCCCUCCUGUUCCAGCGCCCAAAGCUGGCCGUUGUCCUUUCGGCCAUGGUGGGCCUCCAGCCGUCGAUGCAGCGUCCCAGACCGAGGCCGUUCGCAACCAUGAGAGGAAGAACAUGCCCUUCGAGACUAUUGAGCAAGAUCUUGGAGAACAACCAGAUGCUCAUCACCCGACUAAUGCGGCAGCCAGGAUCGUUUUCAACGGCCCCGUGUUUUUCGGUUUUUCCCCAGAGCAAACUGCCUCCUUUUUGCAGCAGUUAGGGCCUCUUGUCAACAAACAGUGAUACAUAAGAGUUGUCCCUUUUCAUGAUGUCUAGACUCUGGAACAUAUAUCCACCACUCCCAUCAACCUCGUGUACAUGCAUAUCAUUGUAUAUACCAGUUGACGCGCAUGUUU